AUGAAUCAGACAAGCCAUGACCCAAAUUCGAAGACUCUAGAGAAAACCUUCUACCAUUACCGAGGUCUCAUGAUUCGCUCUUUGAAUGACAAUAUCAGUAUACCGAAUAAGCGAAAUGGGGAUACCGUUCUUGCAGGAAUUCUCACACUGCUGAUGGCGGAUGCUCAACACGGUCUCUCGCAAGAUUGGCGGUAUCAUAUUGAGGGGGUCCGAAGGCUGAUCAUCCUGCGCGGUGGCAUGACCCGCCUGGUCAUAUCCCCUGGGGUCCUACCGAUUAUUCUUUCAUUUAUCCACGUCGUGGUACUUGCCGAUACCUCAUCCCCUGCAUCCGAUAUGCUCAUCGAGGGAUUAAACCUCAAUGAACUACAUCAGUUGGUGAAACAAUACGGAGGCACUGGAUAUGGGUUUCAAAUGUGUCCCACUCCACUGUUUGCUGAGAUCGCCAAAAUCAAUCAAAUCCGGAACCUAGUCUCGAAGCCAAAUUACACAAACAAAGACGGUUUGCGGAAAGAUGCAUACGCAGUCUUACGCCGUGUCUACAAUUUUUCACCGGCUGCAUGGACCGAGUCAAAUGAAUUUGUCACAGAAGAAAGCAAACUGAUUGUGGAUAUUCACCAAAGUGCAGUUGCUUUAUACUGCAUGUCCUCUCUCCAAAGUAUCGGAGCCCUACCGCCAGACCCGUUACUAAGAGAUAAUUGUGACAUGGAGAGGCAGAUAUUACAUGAACUACUCGAAAGAUUACUGAGGAAAAGGCCCCACGGGUAUACUUUCUGGCCCCUGAUGGUCCUUGGUGUGCAAGCAGUGGAUGGUAGUCCUGCUUUGCGUGCUUUCGUUCGAAAAAACAUGACAGACCUGAGUGCUUCUUCCGGCACAUAUUCCCCACUUGCGGCAAAAGACGUUCUAGAAAGAUUCUGGGCUUCGGGCAAAACGGAAUGGGAUGAUUGCUUUGAUAAGCCUUGCAUGUUUACAACGGUGCUUACCGUUAAUCGAGGUCAGUUGCCAAGGAAAUCGUCUGAAAUAGAAUAG